UUCCUGAGGAGGCAGUCAGAAGAACAAAGCCUGCAGAGGUAGCUUUUCUCUUCAUCGUCCCAGACCCGGCUGCCAAUUGGCCUCCUGUCCCCCCCAGCACCAUCCUGGGGGAAAGAAAGAAAUGAAGUGGAAGGGGAUUGUUAUCGCUGCCAUCCUGCAGGCACAGGUCCCAAUUACAGAGGCCCAGAGUUUUGGACUGACUGACCCAAGACUGUGCUACCUUCUAGAUGGCAUCCUCUUCAUUUAUGGAGUCAUCAUCACCGCCCUGUUCCUGAGAGCAAAGUUCAGCAAAACUGCAAGAGUCGCCAGCUACCAACAGGACCAGAAUCAACUCUACAAUGAGCUCUCCCUAGGACGCAGAGAAGAAUAUGAUAUUUUGGAUAAGAGAAGAGGCCGUGACCCGGAGAUCGGAGGGAAACAGAGAAGGAAGAAUCCUCAAGAAGCAGUGUACAAUGCACUGCAGAAAGACAAGAUGGCAGACGCAUACAGUGAGAUUGGAGUGAAAGGGGAGAAACAGCGGAGACGAGCCAAGGGAAAUGAGACCCUGUACCAGGGCCUCAGCUCAGCCACCAAGGACACCUAUGACGCCCUCCACAUGCAGCCCCUGCCUCCUCGUUAACAGGAGACCCCCGCCGACGGACCUCCCGGGCAGCUCCGCAAGGACGUGGCAGUCACGACCGACCCCCAUCCAGCAACUUGUUUCCCAGCAACCCAAGCGAUCUCUUCUUAUCUGUGGGUGGAAUCUCAAGUUAAUAUUUGGCCAUGUCCAACUCCUUACUGCGGCGAGCUCGCCUUUGCAUCUUUCAGGGGAUUUCCAGCCUCAGGGAUUAUGGUUUCAUAGUAACAAUAGUAAUAGAAUACAUUUCUGAAAAGCACUCUUCUCACAAGCACCGUUCAGGGUUCAGGUAUCAUUCGCUCCCGGCAAGCCGAUCAAUCAAUCAAUCAGCAAUUAUUAAGCACCUAAUAGCCAAAGCAUCAGCUGGGCAGAGUGUUGGGCUAGGAGAACGGCUCUGGAGGAUUUGGGGUCUCCUGGCCCAGCCUCCGUCUCCAGGGCAGUCAGUUUUCCCUGGGACUGGAUGCUCAUACCUGUGCAGUGGAUGGAUGUCCCGCCCCACGGAGGUGCUGAUGUUGAAAGAGACUGCGCCGUCUCCCCCAUUAGAAUUUACCCAAAGUCCCCUUGACUUGACUCUUGCUGUAAAUGUUGCUUUUCUGCUUUGUUGCCUUCUCCCAUUUAAAUUUGUAUUGCUUCUCUCUUCCAAUUUUAAAGUGACUUGUCUGUCCUAAGGUCACAGAGAUAGACCUUAGAAGUCACCCAGUUGGACUCCUGCACUCGACAGAAUGAAAAAAUGGAAGCCCAAGAGAGUAAGAGACUUGCUUGAGAUUCCCCAGCUGGUAAAUGGCAGAAUCGAGAUUCAUACCUGGGUCCUGGGUCUUCCCAGGUUUCCUGUAAAAGUCCCUGCUGGAGGUUGGGAGUGGAUGUGGUCUGUGGCAAUGUGAGCGGUCUAAAUAGGACAGAAGGAUAAUAAACAAAUAAAUAAGUAAUAAAUAAAGAGGAUAAAAGUAGGUGGAGGGCUGGGAGAAGUUAUAGUGGCUUAGGCAGAAUCCUACAGGAACAGGAACAGGGCACGGAGGAGAAAAAUUAAGACCAUUAUUAGGAAGGCGGGGAUGUACAGCUGACAUCUCUUGGACUCAGGAAAAUUAAAUUGGGUGGUGGUACAAUUCUGGGGGAAAAAUUGGAAGAGGAACCAAUUGGAACCCGUGAGGACCGAGUUAGCUCCCUGGAUACCUUAGAGUCGGCCAGAGUCGGGAUAAGCAAAAGUCCUUGGUCUUUAGGAGUAGAAGUGAAGGGGGUGGACGCAGGAUCUCCACCAUCUCUCCUCUCUUUCUCCACCGUCAGAGUCCCUCUGCUCAUCUUACUCCACCCCCUAGUCCUUCCCACAAUUCUCUGUAUACACCAAAAGAUUGAGCCAGUGGGAAUAGUGGGAAGGGCCAUUUUCCAAGCGUAUGCUCAUAGAGGAUUGUCCAAUCAGUAUUUGGCCUUAAGUGCUCGGUUGUCCAAGUGCAUCUGCUCAGAGCUUCAGCCCUUUACAGGAACCAAUGUAAAGGACACUGCCAUAGAUGGGAAAUCUGACUCUUGGCCUUCUGGUUUUUAUUUAUACUUGUUGGCUGAAUCCAUGUGAUAUUUCUCCCCAAAUAAAUGUUUCAAUGAAAA